ACAUUUUUUAUCAAGGGAUUUUAAUAUGAAGAAUACUUUAGUUAUAUUUCUAUUUUAUGAAAUAUUUUUUAUCAUAUCAAAGAAAGCUAAACUUAAUCAACAGUGUAAUGUUGCUCGAUGUAAAAUUGAAGAAUGGUCAACUUGGAGCGCUUGUUCCGUUGCUUGCGGAGAAGCGGGAGUGAAAAGUAGGACAAGACAAAUUUAUGUACAAACGGGUUGUUUAAAUGAUAUCUGUUCGGAGGAACGUUAUGAAACUGUGCCGUGUAAUGGAUAUUGUAGAAAUUAUAAUUGGACAAACGGAAAUUGUGAUUGCGAUUCCGGUUGGACAGGUAGAUGCUGUAAUAUAGAUAUUGACGAAUGUCUGCAAGAUAAUAUGUGCCAUCAUAUAUGUCGCAAUACUCGUGGAUCGUAUAUUUGCGUAUGUAACUCUGGUUUUGAAAUGACUUCAACAGGAAGUUGUAUAGAUAUUGAUGAAUGUUUAUCAAACCCUUGUAGUCAUACAUGUAAAAAUUUAAAUGGAACAUUUAUAUGUAACUGCCCAGAAGGUUACAUCCUCGAUUCGGAUGAAAGAAACUGUUUUCCUAAUAAUACUAUUCAAAAGUGCCCUGCGAAUAAUACCUGUGAUCAGAAUUGUAUCAAUAAAGAAAAUGGUACUUAUCAGUGUACGUGUAAACCUGGAUUUUUUCAAGAUGGAAAGUCAACCAAUUGUUCAGACAUUGAUGAAUGCCUUAAUAAAACUCUAAAUGAAUGUCAACAAAAAUGCAUCAACCUCCCAGGAUCGUAUCAAUGCGAGUGUGAAGAAGGCUAUGAAUCUGUCAACAACUCUAAAUCCUGUUUUGAUAUUGAUGAAUGCAAUAGAAAAAUAUCAAAUUGUAGCCAUUUGUGUAAUAACAUUAAAGGAUCGUACGAAUGCAGUUGUCCAAAGGGUUUCAGGUUGAAAAACGAUGGAAUAAAUUGCGAAGAUGUGGAUGAAUGUAAGGAUGUAAAUGGAGGAUGUACAGACAAUUGCAUCAACGUUAUUGGGUCAUAUUUUUGCAGUUGUGCAAACAGCUCAUUUUUAUACUUGAAUUCUACUUGUUCAAAUUCAGGAACAGAAACGCCAAAAGCGAAUAAGGAAAACUCAACUAAACUGGAAGCGUAUUUUAUUGUUAUUCUAUGUUUUAUAAUAUUUAUUGGUGUUGGAAUUUGUUUUAUUUCAAUAAUUUGCUAUAAAAGGAAGAAAAUGCCUGAUAGUAAUCGACAAUCACCAACAAGCGCUCCACCUCCCGACUACACACUCUCCACUAUAUCAUCACCAUCAAAUAUUCCAAUAGGCGAGAACCCACCAUGCGAAUGGUCGUCAUGGACCUUAUGUUCCCAACCUUGCGGUGUACAAGGCACCACUAAUCGUACCAGGCGAAUAAUCCAAAAGCCAAAAUGCGGAGGAUAUCCAUGUAAAGAUACAACAUAUCAAGAAAAACCCUGCAAUAUAGAUUGUGGAAAAGGUAUACUGAAAAAUGAGACUUGUGAAUGUCCAACUGGAUGGAAAGGGCCCUGCUGCAACAAAGAUAUUGACGAAUGUAAAGAACCAAACAAUUGCUCUCAAAUUUGCGUUAAUACACCUGGAUCAUACGAAUGUGAAUGUCGAUCCGGUUAUAAAAAGAUUGAUUUUUACACAUGUUCAGACAUCGAUGAAUGUUUUGAAAAGAAAUGUUCACAAAAUUGCACAAAUACUAUUGGAUCAUUUAAUUGUUCUUGUACACCUCCGUCUAUUCUAUUAUCAGAUGAGACAUCUUGCAGUGAAUGUAAAGUUGAUCACAUGUGUUCACAGCACUGCAUUGCUGGUAGACAUAACUAUCAUUGUAAAUGUUUUAAUGGAUAUUUACAAUCACUUAGAAAUCCACAUAACUGUCUUGAUUUUAAUGAAUGCAGACAUCGAGAUCUCAAUAAAUGCUCACAAAUUUGCAUAAAUACACCUGGAGCAUAUAAAUGUGAAUGUAAACCUGGAUAUUUGUCGAAAAAUGAAGGAAGACAAUGUAUAGACAUUAAUGAAUGCGAGAGUUUAAAUGUGCAUUGCAGUUACUACUGUAAUAAUACACCAGGAUCAUAUUUUUGUCACUGUCCGAAUGGUUUAAAAUUAAAUUCGAUAAAUAAAGAAGAUUGCGAAGACAUUAACGAAUGUGAAGACAACAAUGGAGGUUGUUCUUCUGCAUGUAUUAACACUUUUGGAAGUUAUUUUUGUACUUGCGAAGAAAACUAUUACAUGACUGAAGAAAAUGAAUGUAAAACUAGUUGUGAUAAAAUGCUUUCUAUCAGUCACGCUUGUAAGUUGCUUUUUUGUCAUUAUUUCUUACUUUUCGUUGAGGGGCUAAGAAAAACUGGUCAAUGUGAAGUUCAACACUGCAAAGUUGAAGAGUGGAGCAGUUGGUCACAAUGUUCUACAGUAUGUAAUAAUGAAGGUAACACUACCAGAGUCAGAAAAGUGUCUGUUGAAGCAUUUUGUGGAGGAACUGUCUGUCCUCCUCUAAGAGAAGUUCGACCGUGUCAGUCUUUAUGCAUACAUGGAAAUAUCGAAGAAGAAGGCUUCUGCAAAUGCAAUCCAGGAUGGAUGGGAAACUGUUGUCAUAUAGAUAUUGAUGAAUGUAACAAGACAACCACGUGUAAAUACAUAUGCAAGAAUACUGAAGGAUCGUAUCAAUGUUUAUGUCCUUCCGGUCACAAAACGGUAGGAAAUGAGUGUAUAGAUAUUGACGAGUGUUCAUUGGACAUGUGUGAUCAACGCUGCAAGAACUCGAUUGGUUCUUUUACUUGUAGUUGUGAAGAAGGAUACAAGUUAACAGAAGAUCUAGUGCAUUGCGAAGAAGUCAACGAUUGUUCAAUAGAUAAUAAAUGUCAUCAAUUGUGCAUUAAGGAUGAAAACAAUGAUGACAAAUGCUUAUGUAGAUAUGGAUUCUAUUAUUCGAGUAUAAAGCAGAAAUGUUAUGAUAUUGAUGAGUGUUUGGCAAAUGAUAAAGUCUGUGAUCACAAUUGCACUAAUACUGCUGGUUCCUUCAUUUGUAAAUGUAAUGAAGGAUAUAAGACAAUAAACAAAGGAAGAACUUGCCAGGAUAUAGAUGAAUGUAAGGAAUUUGUAACAAAUUGUCCAUUUUUUUGUGAAAAUACUCCUGGCUCAUAUAAAUGUUCAUGUCCAGUCGGUUUUCAGUUAGAUCCAUUUACUUCGAGAUGUCAAGAUAUAGAUGAAUGCCAGACUGAAAGUCAUGGCUGUGGGGAUAGUUGCAUCAAUACUCAUGGAAGUUUUCGCUGCACAUGUAAAGACGGAUUUAGUGCGGUGAAUGGUACAUGUAAAGAGGAUAAAAAAUUGCCAGUUGAUGAAAAUUCUGAACUGGAUCUUAAAUAUAUUAUUUCAAUAGUAGUAUCGGUCUGCAUUUUUCUGUUCCUGAUUUUGUUAAUCUAUAAAUUAGGAAAAAGACACGGAAGAAGAAAUAAAAAUGGAGCGAAAAUAAGAAGAAAUAUGAAAAGAAAAAGGACAGUAUCUGUAAAAAUAGGGAGGAGAGAAAGAAACAAAGAAGGAAUAAAAGAAAUAGACGAAAAUCAAAUUGGCUAUUUGAAAAUUGUGUCAUUACAGCAAUCACUACCUCCAGUACCACCAUUGCCUCUAGAACAACCAGUACCAUCAGAAGCUAAUAUUACGAGAACAAAUACAAUAAAGGUUGUCUUUGAAAAAGAUGAUAAUUAGAAAACACUAUAAUAUUUAUUUAAUUUUUGAGCCGAAAGUAAGAAUCUGUCUUGUUAUUGAUUUUUCCAUCUCUUUAUAAAUAAAUGCAUUAUCAUUUUUAAUGGUGGGCUAUCAUAUAGAACAUUUAAUGAUUCGCUUUUUAUCAUUAAUUGACCGAAAUAUAGAAAUCAUACCAGC